GAGCAUCGCACAUUCAGUCGUUCUGGUUCUGGUGUCUGCCAGAGCCUCUAUGAUCCAUUGUGGUGAAACAAAAGAAGCCAUAUUGAAGGCAGGAUUACCGGAGAAGAUGCUGACGACAAAGGAUCAAGUGGAGGAUGUAAUCCAGAGAUGGAGGGACUCUCAGGAGGAGGACCUGAAGCCGGAGGAUUACCAGCAGUUCAAGACUUUGGGGAGUGCAUGCCUUGCUGAGGGGGCCAGUGAGCAGCUUCUGAAGUUUGUGCAGGAGGAGAAAAACCAGGGAGUGGUCAAGUCCAUGGGGGGUGUCCUCUUGACAGCUCUUGUAAAUGAAAUAGUAAAAAAAGACAAGACUCAAGAUCACUGCCAGACUGCCAUUGCACACCUGAUAAAGACUUGCAUCCCAAAUAAACUCCUGCAGAACAUGCUGGAGAUGAUUGAAGACAUCGAUCCAGGAGCCAUUUCUGAGACCAUCUUAGUUUUACUCCCGCAUCUUCAAACAGUCGUGCUGCAGCUGGAGGACAGGCGAGCAGCCUCUUUGGGUUUGAGCCUGUCUGCCCUACACAGGCAGCUGUCCCGGCUGCCCGUGCCAUACACCUUGCAGCAGGAGGAGGAGGAUGAGUGCGGUCUGUGUGGAUGCUGCAGCGCCAUGGCCCUGUUUGUAAGGCCCUUUGUGGAUGAGUUGAGGAGCACAGAUGGAAAGGGGGAGGCUGCUGAUGAAGAUGAGGAGCUGAAGGUGGAGCUUCUGAAGUUCGCUCCGAAGAAUCGCACUGUGACAGACAGCAGCCUUUCCAGGGAUUCCAGAGCGUGUCUGGCCUAUCUAGUGUUUGUGGAGUUACUGAUGGUGGAGAGUUUUCCUGCAGUGUUCAGCGUGGAGAAAAAGCGUGGAGAAAACAAUAAAAAUGGUUGUUUUUAUUGUUUUAGUCCUCUUUUCCUUCUUCAGUGCAACAUGGAGCACAUUGAUCAUCUUCUCAGUAGCAAGAAGGAAUCCCACUUACUGAAAGGACUGGCACUGAUGGAAACCAGUUUGAAGAUGGUGGAGGAUAACAGUCUUCCAGUGGGUUUGAUGGAACUGAGGAGCUUCUACAGUGCACCACAGAACUUGCGUCUCAUUCUAACGGACUGCCCAAUGAGACACUUGAGGGAGUCUGGACUUAAACUCUUCCAGCUUUUCAUGGAUAAACUAGACAAUGAAGCAAAACACAAAUUCUUCAGGUGUAUGCUAAAAACCAGCAACCACGAGGGAGUGGAGAGUUAUGUCAUCAAGAACAUCAGGCGUCAGAUUGAAUUUUCCAUAAAGGGAAAUCCAAAUAAAUGGUUCUUAGGAUUGGAUCUGCUCUCAAUACUGGCUCUGGUGUUUAUCUUACCACACGGUGCUGAGACUAAUCUACUCACCAAUAUGGACAAGAUCAUGGAGGGUCUGAAUCUUCUGCGUUAUGUUUUCCUAAAAGGCAAAGAAAUUAGGAGCAACGUGGAAUUGUGGGAGGGUCUCUGGAGAAUCAAAGAGGAGUAUCUGAAAAUGCUGAGGGUGGCUCUCAGCAUGUCAAGAGCUUAUUACUCUUCUGAACUGAAGGCGCUGAAGGAGGAUCAGAAACUGAAAGCUAAAGAGGCCAGGGACAACGCUAGAUCGGGUAGGUUGGUUCAAACCAUGUUGACGAAGCCGGAGCAUGGGUCCGGCAUGUCCGCCGACACCCAACAGCAGGUGCUGGAGAGCGCACUGGUGACCUUUGACUUGAUGGACAGCCUUACGGUCCGAAUUGAAGAAAUCACAGAGGAGACGCUGAGCUAA